CCAUGGCUUGUCAUUGUGAGUCGACUUCCGAGGACCGAAUUUGACAGCUGAUUUGAAAUUAAAAUAUAUAGCCCAUUUAUACUAAACGACAGCUUUAAUUGUUCGUCCGGGUGUUUGUUUUCUAUAUGUGUGUUCUCGGUCCAUGCAUUAUACCAAGUGUUUUAAAGAAUAGGACCAGGGGUUAUAAAGUUCUUUCAGGGAACUGAUGCAACAUGGCAACGAAACAUGUAAGUCGACCCUUCCUGUGGCUUCUUUUCAGAAGAUACAAUCAAGAACGCAGACACACAUUUACUAUUUUGCUUGAAAAAACUUUAAAACAAGUAUCCAGUGCUUCAGUCAGCGAUAGUUAUUCGGUGAAAGAUGUGAAAUGCUGUUGGGACAACAGCGCACUGUCACUACGGAGUACAGAAAGCGACGGCGGCAAUGGCUCAGGUCGGACAGGACUCCUCAGGUCUGUCGCCGUUUGUUUAGGACUUGGUGUGGCGCUCUCUCACUGCAGAGAUGAUGGGAAGACUGACAGGGGACCAGCCUUACUAUAUGGAUCGAUCCUCGAACGCAUGCUGCCAUCUGCUCAAUGUGCAUCUCCUUACAAACCUGACAGCCCACGCUACAAGUAUAACUUCAUUGCUGAUGUGGUGGAAAAGUCGUCUCCGGCUGUGGUGUACAUCGAAAUCGUUAGCAGGCAUCCGUUUUCGGGCAGGGAAGUCCCUAUAUCCAACGGUUCCGGUUUUAUCAUCAGUAGAGAUGGGCUCAUUGUGACCAACGCCCACGUCGUUGCCAACAAGCGAGGUGUCCGCGUGAAGCUGACCAAUGGGGCGACAUAUAACGCCACCGUGCAAGACGUAGAUCAGCUGGCAGAUAUCGCCACCAUCAAAAUCAAUGCCAGGCAUCCUCUGCCCACCCUCUCCCUGGGGCUGUCGUCCGAAGUGCGCCAGGGGGAGUUUGUGGUCGCCAUGGGCAGCCCGUUCGCCCUGCGCAACACCAUCACAUCUGGCAUCGUGAGCUCGGUGCAGAGGGGCAGCAAGGAGCUGGGGCUCUCCAACAACAACAUGGACUACAUCCAGACAGACGCCGCCAUCGACUUCGGGAAUUCCGGAGGACCUCUGAUCAAUUUGGACGGCGAGGUCAUCGGUAUAAACACCAUGAAGGUCACCGCAGGGAUCUCCUUCGCCAUCCCGUCCGACCGCGUCAAGCAGUUCCUGGACAAAGCGGCGGAAAACAACAAAUCGAUGGUUGGGGAUUCUCAGACCAAGCGUCGUUACAUCGGGGUGAUGAUGCUGACCCUGACUCCAAGCAUCAUCGCUGAGCUGAGGCUGAGAGACCCCUCCUUCCCGGACGUGAGUCACGGGGUCAUGAUCCACAGGGUCAUCACGGGCUCCCCAGCAUACAGGUCGGGCAUGUUGCCAGGAGACGUGGUGGUGGAGGUCAACGGCGCCAAGGUGCACACCUCGGAGGAGAUCUACAACGCCGUGCGCACCAGUGACAGCAUCGCCAUGGUGGUGAGGAGAGGACAGGAAGUGCUGCGGCUGCAGGCGGCUCCGGAGGUCACAGAGUGACCCCGAGAAGCAGGACACGACCAGGACGAAGCUCGGAGGCUGCCGACAAAGUGCUAGGAGACUCAUCCUCGUGCGUGGGUUGCUACAAACUAUGGGGGCUAUGGGAACUUGUGAUGCGGUACUUGAGGAAAGACGCAUAGAUGCUUUGGAUAAGUGUGGAAGGUGAAGGCUUGGGAAGGUGUGAAAGAGCCCAGUUUCCAGAACAGGAAGUGCCCCCCCCCCCCCCCCCCUGCAUGUUUACAUGGACGUAUUGAGGAAGUUAGUGACGUGCAGGGGGGUCAGUGAUCAGCAUCUGUGGACGGGGGACAGGGGAUACACUUCGGUAACUGAUAUCGUGAGGAACUGCUGCAUCUGGAGGACAUGUUUUCACCAAACUAAUGUUGGUGAUAUUCUUCUUUGCAUCAGACUGUUAUGAAAUGUGUGACCUCUGAAAAAGUUGGUAAUGUGAAACACUGCACACACACAACUUCCUCUUGACAGUUUUAUUGGUUAAAGCAGGUUUGGAUUGACAUUAUAUAUUCCAGAUGUGUUGUAAUUUCCCUUGUUCUGCACAGAACUUUGAACACUUUACCAACUAGUUCUAAUAGUACUCUUGGAACACAAAAAACUGGCUGUGAAUGUGAGUGUUCUUGUGAAUAAUUUGUACUUAUUUUUGCUCCAGGGCAACUACUUAGCACCUUGAAUAGGACAAUAAAUACAUUCACAAAUACUUUGUUUCCUUAAUGCGAGUUGAAGAAGAUAAAAAGAUACAAGAGUGUAAAA